AUGUCGUGGACACAGAGACAGAGUCCUCACCAAGCGUUCGCCCAAGAGGCGAUUAACUCACCCAUCGCGGUCGCAUUUGGGCAAUGGAUGCUCAACAUUUGGGAGAUCACUAACGAUUUUCCUGAAGGGCGUUGGUACUUGGAGCCGAACGCGCGGUGUCUCCAGAAGAAGGCCAGCUUGAGAAUUGUAUUUGCGCCUCUUGACCUUCCUCGCCGAGACGCUCUCUCACAAACUCUCGAGUUAUUCAAUAUCCUUUAUAUCCCCGACGACUUUUCCAAAGAGCGCCUUCAGUCUGUCAGUCACAGUUUUGGACGGAGCACAGACCACGAUGGAUCUAGUUCUUGGUUUCAUUUUCUGUGUAAGAACAUCGACGUGAAGCAAGAAGGGGCCAAUGCGCCUGAGAUUGAUAACCGCGCUGCGACAAUGGGUUAUCACAUCUCUACGCUUCCACAGGCAGACUACAGCUGGCAUCGCGCUGGUUUCUUUCUGCGAGUUGAGACCGAUGGUAGUACCACGCUAGUCUGCUUCGGCGCAACGUCGAGGGUAAGGCACAGAAUUAACGAGUUCGUAGCUGCCAAGGCGUGGCAGCAUGUUGCGACUAAUCCCUACAUCUUGUUCGAUCUAGUCUUUGAAGGGUUAUAUUUCGAGGUUGAUGACACUAUCUGGAAGAUGAACAUCGUGUUUGGACCGCUGGAGCACUUAAUGCUCGAGUAUGCCAAUUCCAAGAAUAUCCGCAAGAUGAGCACCAAGAUCCCCUUCGCCGCUAUGCAUAACUGCGCCAAACACAUCAUCCACAUCGUCGAGGCCAUCGAAUCGUGCAUCAUGCUUAUUGAAGCGACCGCGCACGGCGUUGACAGCCAUGAUCACAGAGGACAAACCACGACCUACGGACCUAUUCAGAAGCAACUAUUAGAAACCCUUCAAUACCGACGUUCACUUUUUAGGUCUAGUCAAUUACGUCUUAGUAGCCUUCAGAAGCGCAUCGAAAACGCUAUUACAUUAUCAUUCCACCUUGUCACGCAACAGGACUCGAUGGUAAUGAUUCAGGACUCGAAUUCAAUGAAAGUAAUUGCUGCCAUUACCAUGAUAUUCUUGCCCACUACGGGCGUGGCUACGGUUAUUGGUUCGCAGUUAUUUUCUUCAAAUCACCGUGAUGGGGAGACAUGGGAUAUUCUUCUAACACCUUUGUUCUGGACGAUGUGGUGGAUCUCAAUUCCAUUGACGGUCUUCGUCGUGCUUCUAGCUAUUAUUUGGCAUUGGUGGACGCAUUCUGAGUCUCCAACGGGAGAGGUGAUGCAGGUUGUGAGGAGGGCGGCAACGUUCAAUUCAUCCAAAACGAAGAAGAAUGAGGGCUGA